AUGGAUUUGUCAACAGAGACCGGAAAUAAACCUUUAAGCCCUUCGCAAAUCAGAGCCCGAGAAAAACAAAAAAAGCAAAAUCAAGAACAAUCUCAGCAAGCCCAAAUUAUUCAACCUACUCAUGAAAGUAGAAAAAGACUAUGGGUGUACGUGGGAGAGAGAAACCAAUUCAAUCAAGUUCGCCAGCAAAAGCCCUAA